CUGUUCUGUUUCUCUUCUUCGCCGGCGCUGUCCAAGAAGAGGAAGGAGAUGGAUCCACCGGCGGGCAGCAAGUACAGGUUUGGUCCUCAUGAGAUAGACGACAGGCAGGUGUUCCUCUCCACGCCCCACUCCUUCGCCAUCGUCAACCUCCGACCCACCUGCCCAGGACAUGUUCUUGUAUGCCCAAAGCGUCAUGUCAAACGAUUUGCCAAUCUUAGUCUUGAUGAGACUUGUGAUUUGUGGAUCACCGCUAAGGACAUUGGUGUACGUCUUGAGCAGUACCACAGAGCUUCUUCUCUCACAUUCACAAUUCAGGAUGGACCUCAUUCUGGCCAAACAGUUCCACAUGUUCACAUUCACAUCGUUCCCAGAAGGAAAGUUGAUUUUGAGAAUAAUAAUGACAAUACUGGCGCGAUAAAUGCAAAAAAGGAGACAUUUGACUUGGAUAUUGAAAGAAAAGAUAGAACAAUGGAAGAAAUGGCCCAAGAAGCCAAUGAAUAUCGUGCUCUUUUCUCCUAGAAAAAUUCUGUAUAUACUAAUUAAUUUUGUCUUUGGCAUUUGACUAUUCUCUGAAUUUUUCAUACCAGAUGAUCAUACUAAUUAUGUUCUGCAUACUGAUGAUAUUUUAUUGUACUAUAUCU